AUGGCAUCUAAGAUGAUGAAGGUCUCCAUUACUCGAAGAGAUACAAUCAAACCAUCCUCUCCUACUCCUCCUAACCUUAAAAUUUUCAAACUCUCGCUUCUCGAUCAAGUCCAAGUGACAAUCUACACUUCAGCGGUUUUUUUCUUCCCUGCAAAGAGAGUUGAUGACUUGGACAACAUGUCACAGCGUUUGCAACUUUUGAAGGGAUCCCUAUCGGAAGCUCUCACUCGGUACUACCACUUCGUAGGUAAAUUUAUAGACCAGAACUCCAUUGAAUGCAAUGAUCAAGGAGCCGAGUGUUUGGAGGCUCGAGUCAAUUGUUCUUUAUCCAACGUUCUUGAACAACUAGACAUUUCUCGACUCGAUGAACUACUCCCUGUGGAUCCUAAAGCCUUGGUAACGACCGAGGAUUUUUUGUUGGUCGUUCAAGCCAAUGUAUUUGACUGUGGCGGGAUGGCAAUUGCGAUAUGUCUCACGCACAAGAUUGUGGAUGCGGCCUCUUUUUUGACUUUCGUCAAAAAAUGGGCUGCCAUAGCUCGAGGCUCAGACGACGGAGUGCUUCCAAACUUAUCCAUCGCGUCAACUCUUUUUCCUCCAUGAGAUUUAUUUUGCCUACUUUUGAUUUUCCUCAGGAAAAGUGCUCGCAAGAAGGUUUGUUUCAAUCCUUCAAGUAUCGCGACACUCAAGGGAAGAUGCGCCAGUACAAGUGUGCAACGCCCGACCAAAACAGAAGUGGUGGUAGCAAUACUUUGGAAAUGUCUAAUAACAACAAGAAGAUCGCUCCACGAGAAUUCAGGUCAAUAUUUGUGUACUUGUGCUGUAAACUUGCGACACAGAUUUGCUCCCCCGUUGCCAGAACAUGCAGUUGGCAAUCUUUUAGCGUUGUUGGUGACGCUAAUUAAAGUUGAAGACAAAAAUGAUUUGCAAAUGCAAUCAAUAGUUUCCCUUUUAAGGAAAAGGAUGCAAGAAUUUUCGUUCAAGCAAGGCCAAAAUAUUUUCAGUGAAACAAAUACAGAGAUGAUGGAGUUGGUAAGCAAGGCGGGCGCACGCCAUUUUUAUGUGACUAUGUCAUGUGGAAUGCCGAUCUAUGAAGCCGAUUUCGGAUGGGGAAAGCCAGUAUGGCUUAAUGUCAUCAAUUCAAAUAUGUCUAAUCUCGUAAUCUUAGAUGAUACGAGAGAAGGAAAUGGAAUUGAAGCCAUAAUAUACUUGAAUGAAGAAGAAAUGGCAGGUUUUGAACGUAACCAAGAACUGCUAGCAUUCGCUACUUUAGGUCAUAACAUACUUAAAGAUAGCAGCAUAACUAGCACUUCAAGGCUCUGAUUCAUUAAGGUGAAAUCAAGUUUCUCUAGAAUAAAGAUCGCAUAAUUCUUGCUAAGAAUUUAUGUUUUUUUUUUUCCUUCUUAACGAAUCGUCUACUUUGGAAAUUGUUCUUGUGUUUUUUUGUUGGAUCUUACUUUCGAUGAGAAGAGUUCU